AUGGCGACCAUGGGAUCGACGCCAUCUUCGAAACGUCGGAGUCAACGCCAGCCUUCAUUCUUCCUUGCCUUCCUUGGUGGCUUUGUGCUCAAUUCGCCAGGCGUUUGGAGAGUGUCGGAAGGCUGCUCAUGUGGCCCACCGUUCUACAGCCGAAUCCAGAACUAUCGCCGCCUUGCAGAGCUGGUAAAGGCAGGAACGGUCUUCGAUCCAGACAACCAUAUCGACAGCAUGAGAGUGAAUUUUGCAGAAGAGCUUGCUUCUCCUGCAAAGGACCUGGAGCAUGGUUUGUGGAAGCUUGUUUGGACGGCGGACGGCUGCCGCGUGAUAAUCCGCAAAAAGGCCGCAGACAUCCAAAAGAGGCUAUCAGAGUUUCUACGGAAUUCGGGUAUGCCUGCAGCCUGCAUAUCCUUGCACGGAUCGUCGCAGCGGGGCACGAGUGCGCAUUUACAGGAUGAUAUGUUGGGUCGAAGAAUCGCCAGCGAUGCGGACCUGGUACUGCUGAUGAAUGACUCAUGGGGCUUCCAGUGCGGAAACGAGAGCUCCAUGAGGAAUUUGGAAGGACUACUCGAGGCUUUCGUCAGUCAACACUAUGCUGCUGGCAACAUAACAAGAGGGCGGUAUGGCUUCGAAGUCUGGACGGGUCAGUGCAAUCUGGACAUAAUUCCCGCAGUGAAGCUCAAUGCGGGUUACAUCCGCCUCUGGGAUAGCAAGGAAACUGCCCCAUUGCUCAACAAUCCUUCCCAGCUGCACAGGCAACUGCAAGACUGGGCCAGCGUCUCCUUGAGUCGCAGGGCGGUUGUCGCACUUGUGAAGCUGUGGAACCGGCGACUUAAAGCAGCAGAAAGAAGCUCAGAUGUGCAAUGGGGGCAAAUGUGGAGGGCAUGCCGAGGUUGCGCUGCACGGGCCGUAAGCGACUUGACCUGGAACAGUUCGUCCUGCAGACAACAACUGGAACACAUGAAGAAGAUGCAGCAAGAAUCCAGUGGCCUUGGCCUUAAGGGACUUCACAUUGAGCUGAUGCUUGCGUCGUGGCAGUCACCUAGGACUGGCAGUCUUGCGCAGUACCUCGCCAGUGCACUGAAACAUGUCUGCCACCAUUGCCAAUCCCCCACAAACUUUCCAGCGAACUGGACAGGGCGUGCAGUCCACCAGAAUGUGAAUGCUUCCGUGGCUGAACAAAUUCGAAAGUUUGGGAAGCUGAGCUUGCAGGCCCUUGAGGCAGCACAGGCAGUACCUUUUGAUUCUGCGCCGGUGCUGUCUGCUCUGCUGUUCCUCUUCGGUCCAGACAUCACGACCAAUCACAGGCCUUGGAUAUGGGAUGUCGAGGAUUUGGGGCGGGUGAAGCAGACGGUUCUGGAGAUGGCAGAGGGGUUGGAAGAGGCGGCCUCUUGUUUCCGACAGCAUGAGGCACGGCGAGAAGAAGCGGAUGGCAUGUGA